AUGCGCGGAACAACGGUUCUCCUCGCUGCUCUCCCUGCGGCCCUCGCCGCGCCUGCUGUCCAACAGCGUUCAGAGCCCGCUCCUCUGAAUCUGGGCGAUGGCACUACCGGAAAGUAUAUCGUCAAGUUCAAAGAGGGCACAGAAGUCUCUGCUUUCAGCAGUGCCUUGGGCAUCCUCAACGUUGAGCCUGAUUACGUUUACAAUGCCCUCUUCCGUGGUUUCGCUUCCGCCAUGGACGAGUCUACUCUUGAGGCUGUCCGAAAUCACCCCGAUGUCGAGUACGUUGAAGAAGAUGGCAUCUCUCGCGCGGCCGGUUUCAUCGACCAGCAAAAUCCCGUCUGGGGUCUAGCUCGUAUCUCAAGCCGCACGGCCGGUAAGAAGGUCUACUCCUACGACGAGAGAGCUGGUGAGGGCACUUGCGCCUAUGUAAUUGACACUGGUGUCGAUGAAAACCAUAGAGAAUUCGAAGGUCGCGCCAAACAGCUCAAGUCCUGGAUCAAGGGCUCCAACCGAGACGACCACGGCCACGGCACCCACGUAAGCGGCAGCAUCGCCAGCAAGACUUACGGCGUCGCAAAGAAAACCAAAGUCUUUGGCCUCAAAGGUCUCGGCAGCAACGCCAGCGGCCCAGACUCGGGCAUCAUCGAUGCCAUCAACUUCGUCGCUGAAGAUGCCCCCAAGCAAAAUUGCCCCAAGGGCGUCGUCGUCAACUUGAGCUUGACGGCUGACCGCCGACUCCAGUCUAUGAAUGAUGCCGUCGCCGCCCUUGUCAAGAGGGGAUACUUUGUCGCCGCUGCAGCUGGAAACUUUGACCGCGAUGCUAGCCAGGAGUCCCCUGCCUCAGAGCCAAGUAUUUGCACCGUCGGCGGCACUCAGUCUAAUGACGGGCGAUACAGCGGCUCUAAUCACGGCAAGUUUAUUGACAUCAGCGCCCCUGCUGUUCAGGUUACUUCUACCAUGCCAGGUGGUGGUACUGGCGGCAUGACUGGAACUUCUAUGGCUUCUCCCCACAUUGCUGGCCUUGCUGCUUACCUUGCGUCCGUGGAGGAUAUCAAGGCUUCUGAUGCUUGCGACCGCAUUGUUGAGUUGGCUACCAAGGGCGCUAUCAAGGGGAAUAUGCCGCCGAAUACCGUCAACAAUAUUGCCUUUAACGGAAACCCAAACGACAAAUAA